GGUAGAUCUGUGCGUGAUAAAGGCAUGUGGCGCUCCACAUAGAUGGAGUCGUGAUUGUCUGAUAAGACCGGGAUCACACAAUAGGAACAACAUGUGGAAAGCAUUGCUUGUUUUGGCAGUGUUGCCACCACGUUGGUGCACGGAGCUCUCCCACCAGGGUGUGUCCAUCUUGAAGACCAUGUGCUGAACACGGCCAGUCCAUCAGCCAUCUUUGGCAGCAACAAUGAGCUUAAUGCAAAGUCAAAACCCAUGAGAGUUGGCAACCUGCGCACCAAGGCUGCCAUACCAACACACCACUUCGCAACCAAUCAAAUAAAACAACACAGGGUGCCUGUCAGACUGUUUCCUUAUGAAGGUACACUGGAGAACGAUGGCGCCACCUAUGAUGCAUACACAAUGGACAGAUGGACAGACCCUAAGAGAACAGACUUCAUGGACCAACAGUCUGCCUGGAAGAAGGGACAACCAUGGUCCCGUCUCCUUGACCUUGGCUCCAACAUGAAGCAGAUGGUGGCUGGGCCAGAUGGAAACCCGAUGGGUGUGUUUGAUGGUAACUCAGGGGUAAAGAUUGGCUACAGCAACAUGGGAGAGCCAGUGAUGACAGACUUCGGGGACCUGUACGCUAACUUCCGGUACGGAGGUGGAGGAGGCAGCAUGGAGGUGCCCCUUGUCCGUGGUGCCACCCUGCUGACACACAUCAUGCACAACGCUAACCCUGUCGUCACCCCAUACUGUCUCAGUUCACUCAAUGGGAAGUCAGUCAGCAAGUUCAACUGCCCAAUGGAAAACUCAGCUAGGGACGGCGGCAGUGGCUACUUGGAGGGAUCCUGCCACGGCAGCACGCUGACCAUCAAGGUCCACAGUACUAAGCCCAUCACCGACAUCACCAAGUUGCAGUGGGCGGCAGAGAGGAAGUCCACCUGGUCCAGUGGGCAUCAUGGGAUGCAUACAUGUGACCACACCCACUGCCGGAGUCAAGAUGGAGGGAAGACCAUCGAGAUUACUGUCACUGGUGCCUCAGGUGCGAUGAGUUUUGCAGUGAAUUUCAUUGGCCACUAUGUGCUGCCCUGGGACUGGGGCAACCACCCGAUGGAGACCACGUGCUCUGGGUCGGGGAAGCGAGAUGACCGUCAGCGGAGGGGUCCAGAGGAUAUCUCCAUGACAGCACAGUGUGAUGCCCACAGGAAUCUUGUUGUUCGAGUUGAUGUUGGCGGUAACAACAUUCCUGGUAUCAGCAAGGUACAGUAUGCGGCUGCAGACAAGGCCCACUGGAACCCUGUCCCUGCGAUGCACACUUGUCAGGCAAGCACCUGCUCCAGGUCUGGCUCAGUCAUCACCAUCAAGUCCAAAGUCUCCGCCAGUGUUGUCAACCUUGCUCUGAACAUCAUUGGCUAUACCGUCCUGCCCCACCAGCAAUGGAUUGCCAACCCCUAUGUCGUACAUUGUCCUGGGACCCAGGUCACCAGUGGGAAGACUUCAACAAAUCCAGGACACCACAACACCCCGGCACCAGCUACACCAGCUCCAACUCACACCAGCAACUCCAACCACCAAACGGUAACGCUGUCCCAAAACACCAAGUUUUUGAUGGAACUCGAUGAACCUGGUGACAGUCUACCAGGGCAGACGCGAAAAUUUGUCCUAUAUUUCUCCGCUCCCGUGAAAGCUAGCAUCAACUCACACACAAGUUCCAUCACAUUUGAACCCCAACAUGGAGGAAAGUACAGCGGACUUGUGCAGCUUGGUUAUCUUGGGGCGGGUCAAAGGGGAGACCACUCUCAAUCAAAUUAUCUGGAUUCAUACGCAGGACGUUACUCCUACAAACCAUCCACCUCUUACUGUGUGAAUGAUGCUCAAGAAAAGGCAUUUGUCAGUUUUGACUGGAGCCCCUAUGGAGCAGACGGUCACCCCUCUAAUGGAGAUCUUCUCAUGGUAGCCAUGCCUCAUCAUUCCCUCAUCCUAUCGAAGCACUUCAGCAACCAUCUCCAGAACACCCCAUAUGGGUUCAAAGGCUACAAGGGAAUGGACUGGCUCCUGGAAAUGGAUGCUCCACGAGCCAGUAUGGAUCCAGAUCCUUCAGGAGUCAAUCGAGUCAAAAGUAACUCACAUCAGAAAAAGGACAUUGUUGAUGCCAUCGAGCGUGAUGCAAAGGAUGUGAACUUGAACGCUGUGUGUGCCCAUUCCGACAGCUACAACGUUGGCAAGGCUAUAGGCAUGGCAGCACGGCUUGCCAGUAUCUCGCGAGCCUUUGGCACCCACCAUUACACAAGCCUGGACAGCUCUAUCAAGUCCUGCCUCGAGAAAUGGCUGCGUGUUGAUGAUUCCCUGGACACUAAAUGGAAGUUCCACUACGACAAUGUGUGGGGCGGGAUGUUCCUCCGAGCCACUGACGGCGACCUUGGAUACGGCACCGACUACGGGUUCCCCUACUACAACGACCACCACUUCCACCUUGGCUACUUCCUGUACGCUGCGGCCUACUACAUUAAGCACAAUCAUAGCUGGGGGCAGGCUCACAAGGACCGUCUUUAUGCCAUUGCACGUGAUGUUGGUAAUCUCAGCCCCCGGGACACGAGAUUUCCCAUUGCUCGUCACAAGGACAUCUACGCGGGUUUCUCCUGGGCGACAGGUGUUGUGCCCAAUGACAGACAGGAGGAAUCUGCUUCUGAGAGUAUCAACUGUUACCAUGCUCUGGCAGCACUUGGCGACGCCUUCAGCGAUGCCAACUUGAAACACUCCGGUCAGGUCCUGCUUGCAAUGGAGCUGCUUUCGGUGCGAGAGUACUGGCAAGUUCGACAACACAACCGUGCCCACUUUCCUCCUGCCUUUCAGAAGACAGGUGUCGUUGGUCAGAUUGCUGAAAACGCCUUCUAUGUGUACACGCUGGACUGGGCAUGUGACCCCAAUAAGUUUCCCAUGAGGCAUGGCUGCCUUGUCGGGAUACAGAUCAUCCCCAUUACAGCUGCAUCCAAGUACUGGGUGGACAAGGAGUGGGCCCACAGCAUCCAGCAGACGUGUGAGUGGGCAAUCAACCCUCAGUCCGCCCCUGACUACAAGUACACAGACCCCACCGACAUGAGGCAGCUGGCCGUGGGAUGGAAGGCAUUCUGUCAUGCAGGCUUAUCUCCCCUGGAUUCAGCACACCAGACUGCUGCUGCCACCUACCUCCGCGAUAAAUCUGCCAACAACCUUGUUGGCGGGACCGGCGCUGCCAGCACCCUGCUCUUUAUCUACGCUGCGACAUAGUCUGAUUGUAAAUAUCUAGUCCUCGUGUAUAGUACACCAACAAUAAAUAUUUCAUGUUGAACAA